GCGCCCCCCGCCCCAGAAGCGCCGCGGCCGCCGCCGGCUCCGCUCCCGCUCCCGGCUCCGACCCCUCCCCAAAUUCCAGGGGACCCUCGGGGACCCCCCCCCGGAUCCCAGGGAAACCCCCAGACCCAAAUCCGCGCCCCCCCCCGGGGCCGGGACCCGCCGCAGCCAUGGGGUUCGGCGGCUCCGACAGCUACCGCGUGGCCACCACGCAGGACAAGGGGGGCGACAAGGAGUCCCCCAAAAAGGGCAAGAGCAAGACCCGCGACCUCGAUGACCUCAAGAAGGAGGUGGCCAUGACAGAGCACAAGAUGUCGAUCGAGGAGGUCUGCAGGAAAUACAACACCGACUGCGUCCAGGGCCUGACCCACAGCAAAGCCCAGGAGAUCCUGGCGCGGGACGGCCCCAACGCGCUGACGCCGCCUCCCACCACCCCGGAGUGGGUGAAGUUCUGCCGGCAGCUCUUCGGGGGCUUCUCCAUCCUGCUCUGGAUCGGCGCCAUCCUCUGCUUCCUGGCCUACGGCAUCCAGGCGGGCACCGAGGACGAGCCCUCCAACGACAACCUGUACCUGGGCAUCGUCCUGGCCGCCGUCGUCAUCAUCACCGGCUGCUUCUCCUACUACCAGGAGGCCAAGAGCUCCAAAAUCAUGGAAUCCUUCAAGAACAUGGUGCCCCAGCAAGCCCUGGUGAUCCGGGAGGGAGAGAAGAUGCAGGUGAACGCCGAGGAGGUCGUGGUCGGGGACCUGGUGGAGGUCAAGGGCGGCGACCGAGUCCCGGCCGACCUCAGGAUCAUCUCGGCCCACGGCUGCAAGGUGGACAACUCCUCGCUGACGGGCGAGUCGGAGCCGCAGACGCGCUCGCCCGACUGCACCCACGACAACCCGCUGGAGACGCGCAACAUCACCUUCUUCUCCACCAACUGCGUCGAGGGUGAGCCCCGGAAUUUGGGGAGGGGUCCCCGGAAUUUGGGGGGGAUUUCGAAGCAUUUGGGGCGGUUUUUCCCGGUUUUGUCCUGUUUUUUUCUGGUUUUUUUCCCAUUUUUCAGGUUUUUUUUCCUGUUUUUUUCCUGGCUGGAGGCCGUCAUCUUCCUCAUCGGCAUCAUCGUGGCCAACGUGCCCGAGGUGCUGGCCACCGUCACUGUGUGCCUGACGCUGACGGCCAAGCGCAUGGCCCGCAAGAACUGCCUGGUGAAGAACCUGGAGGCGGUGGAGACGCUGGGCUCCACCUCCACCAUCUGCUCGGACAAGACGGGCACGCUGACGCAGAACCGCAUGACCGUGGCGCACAUGUGGUUCGACAACCAGAUCCACGAGGCCGACACCACUGAGGACCAGUCCGGCACGGCGUUUGACAAGAGCUCGCCGACGUGGGUGGCGCUGAGCCACAUCGCCGGGCUCUGCAACCGCGCCGUCUUCAAGGGCGGCCAGGAGAACGUGCCCAUCCUCAAGCGGGACGUGGCCGGGGACGCGUCGGAGUCGGCGCUGCUCAAGUGCAUCGAGCUCUCCUCGGGCUCCGUCAAGGUCAUGCGGGAACGGAACAAGAAAGUGGCCGAGAUCCCCUUCAACUCCACCAACAAGUACCAGCUCUCCAUCCACGAGACCGAGGACCCCAACGACAACCGGUACCUGCUGGUGAUGAAGGGCGCGCCCGAGCGCAUCCUGGACCGCUGCUCCACCAUCCUGCUGCAGGGCAAGGAGCAGCCGCUGGACGAGGAGAUGAAGGAGGCCUUCCAGAACGCCUACCUGGAGCUGGGCGGGCUGGGCGAGAGGGUGCUCGGUUUCUGCCACUUCUACCUGCCCGAGGAGCAGUACCCCAAGGGCUUCGCCUUCGACUGCGACGACGUCAACUUCGCCACCGACAACCUCUGCUUCGUGGGGCUCAUGUCCAUGAUCGACCCGCCCCGCGCCGCCGUGCCCGACGCCGUCGGCAAGUGCCGCAGCGCCGGCAUCAAGGUGAUCAUGGUGACCGGGGACCACCCGAUCACGGCCAAGGCCAUCGCCAAGGGCGUGGGGAUCAUCUCCGAGGGCAACGAGACCGUGGAGGACAUCGCGGCGCGGCUGAACAUCCCCGUCAGCCAGGUGAACCCCAGGGACGCCAAGGCCUGCGUGAUCCACGGCACGGACCUGAAGGACAUGAGCUCGGAGCAGAUCGGGAUCCUGCAGAACCACACCGAGAUCGUCUUCGCCCGCACCUCCCCCCAGCAGAAGCUCAUCAUCGUCGAGGGCUGCCAGCGGCAGGGCGCCAUCGUGGCGGUGACGGGCGACGGCGUCAACGACUCUCCGGCGCUGAAGAAGGCGGACAUCGGCGUGGCCAUGGGCAUCGCCGGCUCCGACGUCUCCAAGCAGGCGGCCGACAUGAUCCUGCUGGACGACAACUUCGCCUCCAUCGUCACCGGCGUCGAGGAAGGGAGGUUGAUUUUUGAUAACCUGAAGAAGUCGAUCGCCUACACGCUGACCAGCAACAUCCCCGAGAUCACGCCGUUCCUGCUGUUCAUCAUGGCCAACAUCCCGCUGCCGCUGGGCACCAUCACCAUCCUCUGCAUCGACCUGGGCACCGACAUGGUCCCCGCCAUCUCCCUGGCCUACGAGGCGGCCGAGAGCGACAUCAUGAAACGGCAGCCGCGGAACCCGCGGAGCGACAAGCUGGUCAACGAGCGGCUCAUCAGCAUGGCCUACGGCCAGAUCGGGAUGAUCCAGGCGCUGGGCGGGUUCUUCGCCUACUUCGUGAUCCUGGCGGAGAACGGGUUCCUGCCCUCGUGCCUGGUGGGGAUCCGGCUGCGCUGGGACGACCGCACCAUCAACGACCUGGAGGACUCCUACGGGCAGCAGUGGACGUACGAGCAGCGCAAGGUGGUGGAGUUCACGUGCCACACGGCGUUCUUCGUCAGCAUCGUGGUGGUGCAGUGGGCCGACCUCAUCAUCUGCAAGACGCGACGCAACUCCGUCUUCCAGCAGGGCAUGAAGAACAAAAUCCUGAUUUUCGGGCUCUUCGAGGAGACGGCGCUGGCCGCGUUCCUCUCCUACUGCCCGGGCAUGGACGUGGCGCUGCGCAUGUACCCCCUCAAGCCCAGCUGGUGGUUCUGCGCCUUCCCCUACUCCUUCCUCAUCUUCGUCUACGAUGAGAUCCGCAAGCUCAUCCUGCGCCGCAACCCCGGAGGCUGGGUGGAGAAGGAAACCUACUACUGACCCCCCCCCCAAAAAAAACCCCCAAGAGACCCCCCCAAAAAAACACGAGACCCCCCCCAAAAUCCCCCC